UUUCAUGAAAAACUAGAGAUAGUCCAGGUAGACAGACACAACUCAGCAAAGAUCUACAGUAUACAAACAUGCACGAAAGAAAAAUUAUUCUACUAGUUAGUCUCUUCCUAGUGAUAGCUAGCUGCUCUCAGAGAUAUUGUGUAUGUGAAACAUGUAAUCAAACAUGUAACGAGAACCUUCACUGCAAUCGAUGUCAUCCUCUCAUGUGGUUUGUGGAACACACACAGGUCAUCCAAAACAAUAGUGUGAUUACAUUUCUACCAGGAAAUCAUAGUCUAGACAGUACAUCUGGAAGGAACAAUGCUGUUUUGAAAUUCUCACGAAAGAAUGGUCUAAAUUUGACAGGCAACAACACAGUUGAUGCAGAUGCUAGUACAGUGGUUUGCAAAGGCAACCGGACGGGAUUACAUUUUCAAUUGUCCACGAACAUUCAAAUUAAGAGAUUACGCUUUAUAAAUUGUGGAUUUUCGCUAGCCAAUACAUCAGCUCUCUCAUUCAUUAAUUCAACAAACAUAUCAGUUUCUUACGUGUCCAUCACACACAGCUGUACAAAGGUAGAGGGAGCUUUGCUUUGGUUUGACUCUCAGCAACUAAGUAUCACUAAACCAUCAAAUUUACUUAUUGCGCACUCGAUUUUCUCAUUCCAAAAAUGCAAGCAAAACGGGAAAGGCUUGUACUUGAGAAUUCAAAUACCAAAGAUGAAUGUCACACUUCACAAUGUCACAGUGAUGAACGGUGCAGCAGAGCAUGGAGGAAACAUUGAGAUAUGCUUGCAAAGAUUCAUCGAUAAUCCAAGUAGAGUGGACAUUACAGAUAGUACGAUCUUGAGCGGAAAGGCAAAACAUGGCGGAGGUAUUUAUUUGACCUUUGAAAAACACAAUGAAGAGUACAUUCAACACGAAAACAGAACAUUUGUAACAUUCAGUAACACUACAUUCGAAGGCAAUUAUGCAACAAAAUCAGGUGGAGCACUUCGGUUGAUGGCUAAUGGUUUUACAAUACAAACAAGCCUCUACUUCUACAAUUGUACGUUUAAAGGCAACACUGCUAAAAUAGGAGGAGCUUUAUUGAUACCAUCGCUGAGAAUUCCCACUCAUUUACCUCACACAAGCCCCCAGCUUUCAGUAAUCUUUGACAACUGUACUAUCAGUGAAAACAACCUAAUACAGUACACAGAUCAAUACAAUGGUGACGGCAUAGUUUGCUUAUACAGUGUAGACAAAGCUGUUAUUAGAAACACCCACUUCACUAACAACAAUGGAACAGCUUUGCUACUUGUAGAAAGUACAGUAUUGUUUAAAAACUACACACUAUUCAAUCAUAACGUUGCAGCCCACGGGGGUGCUAUUCGAGUGUGUGACGGAUCUACGUUCUUUCUCUAUGAUGGCACACAUAUUGAAUUUGAUAGCAACAAUGCAACCGUGUCUGGUGGUGCGAUCUAUGCUGAAGAUAAUUGUGUACAACUAACUCUGAUAUGUUUUUAUCAAGUGAAUUCAACAGACAUUAAACUUAACAACACGGCAAUUACCUUAAAGUUCACAGACAAUUACGCCUCUUUUGCAGGAGAUGCAAUAUACGGAGGCUCUGUUGACACAUGCUUUUCCUUUGAGAAUGCUUAUACACCCAGCAAUAGACAACACUACAAAGCUCUAUACGAAUAUAUCUUUCACAUUCUUCCAUGGUCAGAUUCCAUGGUGACUUCUGACCCGUUUCGCGUGUGCAACUGUGACCGACAAACAAGAUUACCAAACUGCACAUCAACUGAUCUGGAACUAAGUGCAAAGUAUCCGGGGGAAAGAUUUCAAGUCAAUGUAGCAGCUAUUGGGCAAAGAAAUGGGACUGUCCCAGCACUGGUUCACAUAACACCAACUAAUCUUGUUCAUACCUAUAACAACCAGAUACCAGUAAUGGAUAAAUGUCAGUCACUAACUCUAGCAGUGUUUUCAAAGCCAAACACGACUACAAGAAUCAACAUCUCUCUGGCAGAGAUGGACAUAGCCACAGAUCUUUCAAGUAACUCUGGUUUGAAGAUUUCAAUUCCAAUUGCUUCUUGUCCUUGGAUUUUCGAGUUCAAUGAAACUGGUGGUAAAUUUUGUGAUUGCCAUAACAUUUUAACUUCGUUGUCCGGAAGUACACCGAUAAGCUGCAAUAUAACUAGCAUGAGCAUUACUAAAGCUGAUGGGCAUUCAAUGUGGAUUAACUGUAAGAUGGACACUGACAACAACAAUACCAUUGAAGGUCAUCUAAAAUGCAGCACUAUUGAGAUUGCAAAACAUUGCAGGUAUUGCAAUGGAAUCGUUUUCACUCCAUUCAACUUGUCCGACCAGUGCAUUGAUGGAAGGGAGGGACGAUUGUGUGGCAGCUGCAAGGCAAACUACAGCUUUUCUCUUGGAUCUCCAAAAUGCUUGCUGACCCUUGAAAACUGCUCAGUAUGGAGAACAUUAGUUUUAUUGAUAAUCUUCUUUGCAGUUGGAUUACUCUUUUUUUGCAUUCUGGCACUAUUAAAUAUCACUGUUGCUGAGGGAACAAUCAACAGCUUACUUGUUUACACUACUUGCAUCUAUGCAAACGGAGACAUUUUCUUUCAAGAUAGUUUUAGCCGAUUUAAUCAAAUAUUAAAAGUGGCUAUUAACUGGUUUAAUCUUGACCUUGGUUUUACAGUUUGCUUCUAUAGUGGUAUGACUGCCUACAGUAAGCAAUGGCUGGAGUUCACAUUUCUAAUUUACUUAUUGCUACUUGGUGUGAUGAUCGUUUGUAUGAGCCGCAAAUUCAUGUGGUUUACUAGACGAACUGGACGAAAUAUAGUCCCAGUGCUUUCUACAAUGGUGCUCUUCAGUUUUUCUAAGAUCGUCAAGAACUGCAUCAAAAAUUUUCAUUGCAGUAGAAACCACUACAAAUCAACAAAUAACGAAAGUCCAUUUAUAUGGCUGGGAGACGAAACUAUUGAUUGCUUUGCUGGAAGCCAUAUCCCCCUUUUCCUCAUUUCCGUAUUUCUAUCUGUAGCAGCUCUUUUGUACACCUUUUCCUUGGUGUUAAUCCAGUGCCUACAGAGAAGAUCAAACUGGUAUGCCCUGAGGUGGGUCAACAAACUGAGGCCGUUUUUUGAUGCCAAUACUGGUCCCUGCAGAGACAGUUACAGAUUCUGGCCCGGAUUCUUGCUACUACAGAGACUAGGCAUGAUGUUGUACAGUAUAAAUUUGUUCAAUGACUCACCUGAACAUAAAAUGCUCUACAUAACAGCAGUGUGUAUUCUGUCAUUGUUUCUUAUUUUUGUAAUUCCUCGAGGAGUUUACAAAAAAUGGCCACUAAACGUUCUGGAGGUUUGGUUAUUCUUUUUGAUGGCUUCGACUUGUGCAUUGAUGGCAACUGAUAUAACAUCGCAUGUUAAGGAAAAUUGCAUAAAUCUUUCAAUAUCAUCUGCUUUGACAACUUUCCUAUUGAUUUUGAUUUAUCACUUUUACAAGCAAAUUAACAACACCAAAAUAUGGAGAAAGAUUACUGCUAAAAUUUGCAAGAAGCGAAAAAAACACAGUGCUUUGAAGAACAAAGUAAACGAAAGUACGCCAUUGAUACGGCCUGAGGGAAUGCCUGAAGACAUUCACUUUAAUGAAUCGCGUGAACCACUUUUAGAAGAUUGAGUUUAGCAUGAUACGUACGAGUGACAAUAUAGCACAAACAAUCAUAAUUGUUACAGUAGUUACACUUGUGUGUGUAAAAUCAAUAAACAGCUGAUUCAAUUUACACAUGCAGACUGAGAGCUCAAGGGAAAUACUGACUCCCACA